UUAAUUUGCUCCACCCUUAUUUUAAACCAAACCAUCCAAACAAGGUGUAAAGGGGCAACGGCUCCUUUGUUUUCUGCUACUUCAAAAGCAUCCACUCAUAUCCAAUUUCUUCUUCACAGCCCCCAGUUUCCAACUCAAACCCUAGAACAAUACAAUGAACAGAAAGGGAAAAGUAAAAGGUAAAAGCAACAGCCGGCCUGUGGUGAAAAAGCCGCCAUGGGUGGAACUUCCCGAAGGUAUAUGGACGAAUAUACUACACAGGCUUGGUGCUGUAGAGAUACUGGAGACAGCUGAGAAAGUGUGCAGUAAGUGGAGGCGAGUGUGUAAGGAUCCUUCAAUGUGGCGAGUCAUUGACAUGUGGAACCUUGGAGACCUCUCUGAAAUGGAUUACGACUUAGAGGUAAUGUGCCGACAUGCUGUUGAUCGCAGCCAAGGUGAAGUCGUUGAUAUCAAUUUGCAGUACUUUGCCACUGGUGAGUUGCUUGAGUACAUAGCUGAAAGAUCAGGAAAACUGAAAAGACUUAGCAUUGCAUGUUGCUAUGGUAUGGUAUGUGAGAGCUUGGUUGAAGUAGUUCAAAAGCUCCCAUUGUUAGAGGAGCUGAGUUUGACACACACAGACAUCACGAUAGAAGGCAUUGAAGCUCUUGGACGCUCUUGCCCACGGUUGAAGUCGUUUGAACUAAAUAACUCAUUGUAUAUGGGAUCAGGUGAUUACUUUGAUAACGAAGAUGUAAGAAAUGAAGAGGCUCUAGCUAUUGCUAAAAACCUUCCUACCUUGCACCACCUUCAACUCAUUGGAAACAGGAUGACAAUUAAAGGCGUCGAGGCUAUUCUUAAUAAUUGUCCUCAUCUUGUAUCACUUGACUUACGGCUGUGCAAAUAUGUUAUCCUCAACAAAGUCUUGAGUAAUAGAAUUUCUGGGCAGAUUAAAGAUCUGAAGCAUCCUCAUGACUUGCUCGCAGAUCUUGAAUUUUCGUUUGAGGCUCGUGGGGAGGAUGAUGAAGUUCAGAUGGCUGAUGAUUACUGACUACUAGUGGCCGCGUUUCUAGCAUUAGCCUCAUUUCUGAAGUCGCAAACACUUUGGGUCAUUGGAUUAUGAGCAGUUCUUCAGAUGUCCGCGGUGAUAAGUAAUAUUAGGAAUAUUUUCUGUUAUGAUCCCUCCUCUUCUUGAAUUGAUGUUUUUGUUAAAGAUUUCCUUGGGACUAAGAUCCUAAAGAAAUCAAGAUGUAAUGACUAUGUAGUGUUAUUAUCGGAGAAUCAUAGUAGCUCAGUUGGUUGAC